AUGCCACCAAAAAUUGUAUACGGAAAGAAGAGAACUGGCGAGCGACCUGCCUAUACAAAGUUUCUGUCGCCCGAGAAGGAUGUUGCGCACAAAGUCGUGGGGAGCCAAAAUGUGGCUAGCAUCACAACAAAUGAUUGGCGGGAUCAGCUCUUGACGGCAGCAGAGUCAACAGAACAGCAGAAGCAGAAAGACGAUGAGAUCUCGGCGUUGGAGAAGGGGUUUGAGGGUUUACGAGUGGAGCAACCAAGGAAUUCGCCAAUAGUGCGCAUCACAAAGAAACAAUACAACCCGCUGAAAACGCCAGCUACCGAUGGAGACACGACAAAAGAGAAUGCGAUUCCAAUCUAUGAUGCUCUGGAGGAAAGCAUGCGAGCUUUGGAGAUCAAGGCUCCGACAGAGGAGGACCCCGCCAUGCUAAAGAAGCCAAGAAAACCGCGUAAAGUUUUGAGCGAUCGGAACAUCAAUGUUUUGAACGAGACGCAUGGUCAGGUUCAGUCUGUUCCGAAGAAAAAGAAGGAGAAAAAGCGAAUUGUCCCUAUCGCAGUGGAUGCAGCUGCCGAGGUCCCAAGAAACGAGGAAACACCAAUACGUCCCAGAUCGAAGCAACGAAGACCACAGUUACCCACCCCGGAACCAACGCCUGAGCCUGAAACCAUUUACUCCGCCUAUGCGUCUCCUCUCCUAGCUCUCAGCGAUAGAAAGAGGAUUGUGGGCUUCCAAGACUGGCUAGGCGAACUAGAACCGCAUUUCGAAAUCACAAAGAUUGCAGAAGCGUCCUUUUCAGAGGUAUACCGUCUAUCCGCCACAUCUUCCACGAACGGUGUCACAGAAGAAUCAGUACUCAAAGUCGUGGCCCUGAAGACACCCCCAGAAUUCCCCUUUCCAUGCCAACUACACACCCGCGCGGUUCGCGAUCGCGAAGCGCAGAUGGAAAAGGAGAUGGCGCAACGAGAAGAGGAGGACCAGUGGAAAUCGCACGUCGAGGAUGUAGUUUCAGAGGUUAGGCUCCUCCAGAACCUAACUCACAUACCCGGUUUCACCGUUUUUCGCGACCUCACCAUCGUCCAAGGUAGACCGUCAACGUCCUUCAACGACGCCUGGAAGGAGUGGAAUAAAUCUCGCCCUCGCGGCAAGAAAAGCGAGUUUCCGGACCCCAGCAAAAAGGCGAGCUACGACGAUAACCAACUCUGGGCUGUCGUUGAAAUGCAAGAUGCGGGCACUGAUUGCGAGAAGAUGAUGGAAAACGGUGGGUUGAGCUCGAUAUGGGAGGUCUGGGACGUAUUUUGGGGUGUAGCAAUUAGCCUAGGCAAAGCAGAAGAAGCAUGUCGGUUCGAACAUCGCGACCUCCAUCUCGGCAACAUCUGCGUGCGGUCCUCACGUACAGACGGAGACGUAUUACAGCCCCCCGUCCGCGACCCCUUACGGCGGAAAUUCCGCUUUACGGGCCUCGAAACUACAGUUAUUGAUUACACGUUAUCCCGCGCUGACAUCGUGCCCUCGCUCUCCCGGGACGACGUCGAUCUAUCACACAUCUCGAGCACUACGGCUGGCAACGAGGACGAAGACGAUGUCGUUGUCGAUGUCGCAUACCUGGAUUUAGACAAGGAUCCUGCGCUCUUCCAGGGCGAUGCGAGUGAAGAGUAUCAAUACGAGAUUUACCGGUAUAUGCGCGGCGCGGCUUUAUUCGAUAACCCGCUACAAGCUGAAACAUCACAUCCACAAGAAGUCGAGGAAGAAGAAGAACCACAGAUCCCAAUAACGCCACGUCGCUCACCGAGGAAAAACACACAUAUCCGCUUUGAUUCCAUCCCCGACACUUUACCCGAGACACUCCGCCGUUCACCGAGAAAACACUCCGAGCGCCACCCCUCAUCGUCCAGCCGAAACGUGACAAAAGUUGUAGACGAACAUGUCUGGAGACAAUUCCAUCCUAAAACAAACUUAGUAUGGUUGCACUUUCUCUUGCAUAAACUGCUCAACCACCUGUCCGUCUCGCCGGAUAGCUUGUCGACGCAUCAGGCGCCUCAGGAGGGCGAGGACGUACAGAAGGUAAAGAAGAAGGCGCUUAGGUUACAAAAGGUGUUGAAGCGGGUGAGCGAGUUGCUUUGUCCGGUUGCGCUGGGUAGGAGGGAGGGCUUGGGUAGUGUCAAGGAGUUGGUUGUGUUGGCGUUGGAGGAGAGGUGGGUUAGGGUUGGGGAUGUUGAGGGGUGA